UCUAAUUUAUUCCUCACACAGCAUAUAACUUAACAGAAAACUUUCAUCAUUCUUGUAUAUCAAAAAAUGGCCUAUUCUUUGAGCAUAUUUCGUAAAAACGUUCUUGUCACACUUUUCCUAAUCGGGUUCGCGCCAUUGUUGCCCGUGACAUAUACAAAGCCGUCUACAUUUCUUCAAGAUUUUCGUAUAACAUGGUCUGAUUCUCAUAUUAAACAACUUGAUGGCGGGAAGGGGAUCCAACUACUCCUCGACCAAAACUCGGGAUGUGGGUUCGCUUCAAAGAACAAGUAUUUGUUUGGACGUGUGAGCAUGAAGAUCAAGCUUAUUCCUGGUGACUCCGCCGGCACAGUCACUGCCUUUUACAUGAACUCGGAUACUGAUCAAAUACGCGAUGAGCUUGACUUCGAAUUCUUGGGGAACCGGACUGGGCAACCAUAUUCGGUCCAAACCAAUGUGUUUGCCCAUGGAAAAGGUGAUAGAGAACAAAGGGUUAACCUAUGGUUUGACCCUUCUGCUGACUUCCAUGUUUACUCAAUCCUAUGGAACCACCAACAUGUUGUGUUUUCAGUGGAUGAAGUGCCUAUAAGAGUGUACAAGAACAAUGAAGCCAAAGGAACCCCUUUUCCAAAAUCUCAACCAAUGGGAAUUUACUCCACAUUAUGGGAAGCAGAUGAUUGGGCAACAAGGGGUGGGCUUGAAAAAAUAGAUUGGAAGAAAGCACCAUUUUAUGCAUAUUAUAAAGACUUUGAUAUCGAAGGAUGCGCUACACCAGACCCAAGUGUUUGUGCUUCCAACCCAACCAAUUGGUGGGAGGGUACAAGCUACCAACAACUAGAUGCCGUUGCAGCGCGUCGAUACCGAUGGGUUCGUAUGAACCACAUGGUGUACGAUUAUUGCACCGAUAAACAAAGGAACCCCGUCCCGCCACCGGAAUGCUUGGAUGGAAUUUAAGAACAUCAUUUAACCAUUCAUAAUAUGAUGCAUAAGAUUGGAUGGGGGCAAGAAAGUAAAUUGUUAUUGUUAAUUGUAUCUACCCAAAAUAAAUUGUCUUGCAAUAAAUUAAGACAAUGAGAAUUGAGAUAUACAUAUGCAAAUGUGUUUUAAAAAAGUAUUCACACUUGUACAAUUUAAGGCUAUUUAAAAAAUAACUAUGAUACAAUCACAAUGAUUGAAUUAUGAA